AUGAGCACUAAGGGUAUGGGAGUCACAGGAAGCGACGGCACGUCGGUUGCCAGCCCUGUCGCCAUCCAUGACAUGACGGCGGCGUGUAUCUCGCUGUUUGAGGAGGUUCUGGCGACACUGCAGCCUGAUACGGAGGACUUCGAGCUGGUAGAAACUGAGCUUGGACGUCUGAAUAUCUGGGCGAGCAAUAUCGGUGCCCUAGCCCAAGAGACAGCGUCCCUAGAUUACCGUCUUCGCCACAGCCAAGACAUCAAGGCUCUGGUCGUACAGCUUCUGGAGGUGCUACGCCGCAAUCUCAAGCAUGCUACAGUGGCCAGCGCUGAAGCUCGAAGUGUGGCUGCGACAAAAGCGGCAGAAGAGGGACAGUACUGGUCACAGUCACUGUCAGAGGCGAUACAAGCAUCAGGGGCAAGCAUCGACAGAUUACACACGCUGGCAGUCGUGAUUCGGAAAUCUUCGGCACAGAGCAGAAGUCUCCGCGCUAAAGCCUUUGCAAGUGAAGACGACAAGGAGAACUUUGAGCAAUUCGCUUUGACCAUAUUGAAGCACCGGUUCAAGGAGGCCGCCGGACCCUUGUGUGAACAGCUUGCCAGCUCAAUCGCUAUGCGUCGCAAGCAGUUUAUAUACAAGUCGAAGCAUCAGAAGAAACUUGCGUUUCAAAAGACAACGAGAACGCCAAAUACGACAGCCAAUGCUCAAAAUCCGACCACUCCACACACUACCCGGGAAACCGAGGGCCAUGAUAGUCCGUCUACCUUGAACCCUGAACCGUCCUUGUCAUCUCAAGGGUUUCAGCACACACCAAGGGCACUACCCAGUAGAUUUGCUCCUUCGCAGACCAAUGCAUCGACGCUGGAUCCAAAGCAAUUCUACAGGCUGCUGCAAAAUCCGCCUCCGUCCAUUGCCAGCAAAGGAACGUCCAUUCGUGACACAAAACUGGAUUAUCCGCCAGCCCCAACCAUUAGAGAAGGUCAAAAGGAAUGUGUCUGUCCAUAUUGUUGUGAGAUUCUCCCCACAGCAAAAGCGAAAAACGACCGUUCGUGGAGGCAUCAUGUAGAUGCCGAUAUCGAGCCGUACGUCUGCAUUUCGGAGAAAUGUCGGGCGACACCAACUCAGUUCGUCAAGUUUGAGGAUUGGACUCAGCAUAUGGCCCAGCAUGGACCAUCGGAGCAUGCGUGGAAUGUGCACCUUGCUCGAUGGCACUGUCCUGCAUGCGAAGCGCAGGAAGCGUUCCGGUGGAAGGAGGAUUUUGGGCACCAUAUGAAAUUCAUUCACGCCGAGAGAUUCACACCGUCCCAAUUGUCGACUCUCGUCCGGCGCAGCACGCUAUCAGUACCACGGGAGGCUUUUGUCUGCCCUUUUUGCAACUGUCUCCCAGAAGAGAUCGAACGCAUCACCCCUGAUAAUCGAAGCAAGAUGCCGGACCUGCUGCCAAAACAUAUUGCCGGUCAUUUGAAAUCUCUUCUUUUCCUAUCCCUGCCAUAUCGGGAUGAUAUCAACGACGAUCUGUCAGCUGCCAGCAACCAUCCGUCCCGCGGCGGUAUCAUUCCAGGGGACAACGAGGACGAAAGGAGUGUCGCGGACUCCGAUUUAUCUAGCAUGUCGCUGAUAUUUAAUGGUCACCAGGCAGCAGUACACGAAGAACUUUUGCAAAAUGAGCGACUUUUGAAGGAAGAAAUAUUCCCCCACGAAUAUGAAGACACGGACGGUGCUUGGGCCUUUUUACCUGAGAGGCCGUACGAAAGGGAAGAGGACCCUAUAAUCCAAAGAUUUACUGCUUUUUCACUCGAGCAAGGAGCUCUUAUAGCCCAUCAUGCAGCAGUCAACUCUUCUGAGAGGAAAGCCCAUUUUCCAUUGUUCCUAAUUCCUAUUGCUAAGCCCAGGUGCUUUGUUGGCCGACAGGCUGAGUUACAAUCAAUCCGCGAAGCCCUGGACGGACACGGAGGACAGGGUCGUGCAUUGACAUUGUCAGGAUUGCAGGGUGCAGGGAAGUCGGCGAUCGUAGCUCAAUACUGCUACUUACGAAUGGCUGAAAACCCCAACUCGGACAUUUUUUGGAUCAACUGCUCUGACCAGGCGUCAUUCCUUGAGAGUUGCCUUUCCAUAGCCAAACUGCUAGACCUCAUCGUCGAAAAGGAAUUCGACCCUGUUUAUAUUAUCAAUGCAAUAGCCCAGCGGCUGGUGGAGUAUUCAAGAAAAGGCACCCUUUUUGUCCUCGAUGGAUUUGAUCACUCCCUUGAAAGUUUUGGCCCUCCGGAUGUCGUCCCACUAGUAUUGGCUCGUUUACGUCGAGACGGCCAAUCAAUUGUCAUCACAACCUGCAACAAAGCUAGUCACAGAAUGCCAGGAUUAGAUUCCAUCCCUAUAACUCAUAUCGAGCUUAUGGGCUCCAGAGAUGCCACUGAGCUUCUAUCACAACAUUUGACGAGAGGGGAGACGAAGGAUAUGGAAAAACUUGCCAAUCUCUUGGGAGGAAGUCCAUUCGCCAUUGUCCGGCUGGCAGAAGUCAUCAACGCAUCGGCAUCAUUCCCUCUAGAGAUAUACGUGAAUGAGCUGGAAACCUGUCCUUCAACACCCAGCUCUGUAUUGGAAGAGUUCGGCGGAGGCCUGGAAGAACUAUUUGAUAGAAUAUCUGAGACUGACCGGGAGUUGGCUGCAGCAAUUCAGCCCGCAGCAUUUCUCGACGCAAAGAAUAUUCCGUGGUCACUCUUGCAACUUUUACCAACAGACCUCGUGCGUGUUAUCCGCAGGUUGGAGGAACUAUACCUUAUUUCAGUGGAUUAUAGCCAUCGUACCCUCACGUUGCGCACACAUGUACAGCGGGCAAUUUACUUUUGGAUUAAACUCAGAGACCGAUUUCAACCCCUGGUUGCUCUCGCGGCCAAGGCGGUUCUUCGAGAGUUUCCAAAGCCAGGGUUCGAGACUCGGAAAAAGUGCGCAGCUCUUGUCCCGCAUGCCAGGCGUUUAUUGAAUAGUGGACUCUGCGACUUCAUCACUGCAACAACCCUCCUUCACAAACUAUCACAUUAUGAAUACGGAGAAGAGCUGUUCAUAGCAGCCGAAAAGGAUGCGCUUGAGGAAUGGGCGAUGUACCGAGACCGUCCCAAGCCCCAUCAGACUCAAGACGAAUGUGCGCUACUCCUGGGAAAGAUAAGAGGCAUUCGAGGAGAUUAUUUGGGUUCUAUGGCGUACUUCAAUGAAGUUUGUCCGUAUUUAACGCCGGAUAGGAUUCCGCCACGAGAGUUGAUGGAACGCGACCUUGAAGUGAGCCUGAUGCUCAUGCGCCAGGGAAGAGUCAAUGAACCAAAGGGUCAUCUAAAGGAAGCAGAGAGAUGGGUAAAUAUCAAUACUUCAGAUCAAGAAUUUGCUCUCAAAGUCAAGGAUGCCAUGGGCCUGCUCUACGUGGAGGACGGCGACCUAGGUCUGGCAGAAGCCACACUUCGAUCGACUCUGGAAGAAAAGGAAGAAUUCUACGGUAUAUCACAUCCUUCCACUCUGGCGACACGAUGUAACAUCAUGCGAGUACUCUCUGAAGAUAUGGAGUAUGAGCAAGCGAAGGAAGAAGCUGAAGUGAUGCGGAGACUAUACGAGCAGAUUGGAUACCCUCACUGCUCUGGGGCUCUCGCGUGCAUCAACAAUCUAGCAUGCAUUGCAUGGAACAACGCAGACUGGGAGCAGGCUCAGCGACAGUUCCAGACGGUGGCCGAUGGAUACGAAAGGAUCUUUGGUCCCCAGCAUCUGAACACAUAUCAGGCAAGAACCAAUCUCGCCAAAACGAUCAUUAAACUGAACCACACUGCGGAGGCUGAGAGGAUCUUCCAGGAGACGCUGGACCAGAUGCGGACUGACAAGUAUUACACGCCGGCGCACGACAAGCUUCGCAUGAAUAUUGAGAACAGCCUGGCAAAAUUGUUCAAGGCGCAAGAGAAACUCGAGAGCGCCGAACGGGUGUACAAGAAGAUUCUGCGUGAACUUGAGCAAUCUGACCCAACGAGGCAAUGGGACACUUCAAAGUGCCGAGCGGAGCUAUUGAAGAUCCAAACAGAGAUGAAAACUUUGAAAGCAGCUCGAAACCCGUCUAUGACAGAUGAAACGAACAGCGAGGAAGAGAGGGCUUCCAAAUCGGCCUUUCGCCUAGACUACAUGUAG